AUGGAGGAAACUCGGAGAACACUAGGUUUAUUCUCUGUUUUAUGUGUUUCUUUGAUCUGUAUAAAUCUCUCAUUUUCUCCGGUUUAUGCCUUCUACGGUAGAAGGCAACUCCGGUUUAAUCCUGAUGGCCGGUUUAAGAUACUGCAAGUAUCGGAUAUGCACUACGGUAAUGGCAAAGAGUCUCAAUGCGCAGACGUUUCGCCAGCAGAACUGUCUUACUGUUCCGAUCUCAACACCACCGCCUUUUUACAACGGACUAUCGCCUCCGAAAAACCCGAUCUCAUCGUCUUCUCCGGAGACAAUGUAUAUGGAAUAUGCGAGACAAAGGACGCGGCAAAGACUAUGAAUAUGGCAUUUGCUCCUGCGAUCGAAUCGGGGAUUCCAUGGGUGGCCAUUUUGGGGAAUCACGACCAAGAAUCCGACAUGACUAGAGAAACAUUGAUGAAAUACAUUGUGACAUUGCCCAACACGUUGUCUCAAGUAAACCCUCUUGAUGCUUGGAGAUACCAAAUCGAUGGUUUUGGUAAUUACAAUCUACAAAUCGAGGGUCCUUUUGGGUCUCCUCUCUUCCUCAAGUCAGUUCUCAAUCUCUAUCUACUCGAUGGUGGAGAUUACACCAAACUCGAUGGGUUUGUUUACAACUAUGAUUGGGUUAAAACCUCUCAACAGAAUUGGUAUGAACACACUUCUAAAUGGCUCGAGUUUGAAUACAAGAGGUGGCCAUUUCCACAAAACAGUACCGCAGCGGGAUUGGUUUACCUUCAUAUUCCGGUACCGGAAUUUUCACUCUUCAACAAAUCAACGGAAAUGACCGGAGUGAGACAAGAAAAGACAUGUUCUCCACCUAUAAACUCUGGUUUCUUCACCAAACUAGUCGAAAGAGGUGAAGUCAAAGGCGUUUUCAGUGGUCACGACCACAUCAACGACUUCUGCGGCGAGCUCCACGGAAUCAACCUUUGUUACGCAGGCGGUGCCGGGUAUCAUGGGUAUGGAAAAGUUGGAUGGGCAAGAAGAGCAAGAAUAGUCGAAGCUCAACUUGAGAAGACUAUAUAUGGACGUUGGGGAGCUGUUGAUACGAUUAAAACUUGGAAACGACUCGAUGAUGAGAAUCAUUCUUUGAUUGAUACUCAACUUCUUUGGUCCAAGAACACAAUUGCACUCGUACUUUACCACAACAUUGAUCAUUAA